AUGAAGCCUCAAAGUUGUACCACAAAAAAAUCCCUAUUAUUCUUAUUCAGAGACGAAAAAAUCAAACACAAAAUCAUAAGAAUAUUCCAAAUUUGGAAACAAAGAGGAGUGUACAGUGAAGAAUUUAUCGCCGAUCUGUUCGGGUUGCUGAACAUACAACCGACCGGACCCAGAACGGACGAACCCCACGAAUUCCAAGCUAAUCAUGUGAUAAACAAAGUGAAGACUUGCGCGAAUCUAGAAAAAAUCACCGACACCAAAUUGAAGGCCCUCAAAGAACACAAUCCCAAAAUUAUAAUUUCUGAGGGCUUGAUAAAUUCAUUAAAAGACCGUGCUCAUGUAGAUGAUGUUGAAAAAGAAGUGGACAAUUACGUAGAACAUUUAGAAAGUUACAUUAAUGCCCUAAAAUCUGAAGUCAAACAUCGGAUAUCAUUAAUUUCCACAUUAAGAGUGGCAGAAACGCACUUGGAGAAAGACAAGCAUGAUGUAAAAAUUGUAGCACAUGCCUAUAAAACUUAUGCGGCACGGGUAAAAAUUUGUAAAACAAAACUGGAAGAACGUUUGAAAACUCUACCUAGUCCAGUACCUUCUCCAGAUAUAAAUGCACCAUCUCCAAGUCCUGAAGAAGACUUGGAUUUGCCAGAAGAAAGUGCAGUAUCAAUAGAUAAAACUAUUGAUAUAUCAAAUAUACAAUUUUCAAAUCCCGGCUAUUACGUACCACCACCUACAAUUAAUACAGUGAAUAAUACAAAAUCUAGUUCUACUUUUACUAAUAACUUCAAUAAUUCGGCUAAUUCUAGUGCUGAUACAAGUACAAGUUUUUUGUCUAAUGGUUUUAAUAGUUUUCUAGGACAGAAUUUGUCUUUUGAUGUAGGAAACAUUAGCACUACAGGUUUAUUUCCAAAUCUAGACGAAACUACUAAUACACAAAGUAGUUACACAAAUAAUAAUAUAAGUGCUCCACCACCUCCACCCCCUCCAGCUGUUCAAUCUGCUAUAGUUGAUUUGACUGGCGAUACAGAAAAUCCUCCUCCUGCAGCUUAUAAUCCUUUAUUACCCCCGCCAAUGCCUCCAUUUUCAAAAAAUAAUGAAUCUGGAUUUAGUUUCAAUAGCAGUUUGGAUAACAACACACCUGGAGCUUAUGAUCCAGCCUAUCCUGCCUACUCAGAAAACUAUUCGACAGAGGCUAGCAACUCAGAUCAGUACACUUAUAAUAAUCAGAAUUCUGAGAGUUAUGACCCAAUGGUGGCUUCCGGUGCCUGGGAAGAAUUGAAUCAGUCUUGGAAUAAAGUCAAGGAUAGUGAUACACCUGAAAGUCCGCCUAUGUUCGAGAAAGAAGGUUACGCUGAUCCAGUAACAUACCAUGAUUCUUCAUUAUCAAGUAGUGCAAUGGAUAAUCAUCAAAGGAAUAUACCUGGUUUAGGAGAUUUAGAAGACUCUCUUAGCAGCCUUGGCGGCAAAGACGUAGACCACAGAAACCUAAUCAGUUUAACUUGUUCACCGCCAGUUAACGGCGGCAGCGCCAAUCAAUCCACUAGAAGCAACCUGAAACUGAUCCCCACCCAAGACACAACUUGGGAAAAAUUAGAUCAAGACUAUAGAGUGCCGCCGCCCAUGAAACUGCCCAACAAAGAUCAAGAUUAUCGAGUGCCCUUCAAUGUGGAUCCACCUCCACCGCCUCCACCUCCACCAAAAUCUCCGGCGAGACGCAAACCGCCGCCUCCGCCACCUUUACCUGCACCUGGAACGCCUGGCGAUCCGAGAUUGCGGUAUGCAAGUCCUAAAAAAGUUGACAACAGUAGCGUCGAAAUUGAUAUGGAUUUAAGUGACGAUUUAGAAGCUGGUUUAUUUAAAGCAUCAGAAUUUACUCUAGAACCACCUCCUCCUUUACCAGAUCUCUUGGAUGAUGUGGGUGCCAAUGAGUUUUUAGACGAAAUUUCAAAUCAACUAAACGAGUUUGAGACUUUGUCGCCGUGUUUGAAUGAAAAUUCCAAUUCGCAAGCCUCAGAUGAAAACACGACGUGGCACCCGCUCAUGCCGCCCCCAACUUUUGGUUCUCUAUCUCCAAGUCUAAUGGGCGGUUUUAUGCCAAAUUCAAACAGGAUGGGUCCACUUCUUCCGCUGCCUACAAUUAACGGCCCGCCACCAAUGCCUUGGGCAAAUGUUCCCAAUAUACCAAACGAUGAAAAUCCAUAUUUGAAUGAAGAUGAAGAAGAACCACCAUCUUUUGCUGGAGGUUUUGUUAAUCGCGGCGGUAUGAAUAAUAAUAAUUUCAGGGGCAACGAUAGCGGUUUUAGGAGCAGGGGCAGGGGCAGAGGCGGCUGGAACAACAGAGGCGGACCGUGGGGCGCCAGAGGAUCGAACACUUCUCCGUACCAACGAAGAGGUAAAUUCAGAGGCAAGUUUAAUAGGGGUGGGUUUUAGCAAUGGAAAUCCACACGUUUUUUUGUAAAUAUUUAUAAUUGAUCGGUUUUUUGCUUGUUUUUUUCUUUAAAUUUAGGUACCCAUCUUUGGAUUUUUUUCUUAGCUUCCAACAAGUUAUUUUAUUGUUGAAAUUGUGUCAUUUCUCGAUUUAAUUGUUUAUUAUUUUUUUAAUUUAAUGAUGAUGCAUUGUGAAUGUAAGCAGGCUUUUAGUGGUGUUAUUUUUUUUUCUUGACGAAUACUUUUUCGUCAAAAUAAUUGCAUUUCUAUAUAGAAUUAAUAAUAAAAAUAUAUUACCUACUUUUUUUAUUUUGGUGUUACUUAUACUGGUUUAUUUAACGAGACAUGUUUGAUGUGCCUGGGAGGUGGUUACUGAAAAAUAGUUUUUAGUAUAUAAUAUGUAAGUUUGUUGUUAAAAUAAGAAUUAUAAUAUAGGUCUUAGUUACAUUGAAGUUGUCUCAACUUCAUGAAAGUGAUUCGCAAUAAAUAAUGUUUUGGUUGAAUUUUUGGAAAAAUAAUUUUUUGAGCAUGAUCAGCAAGCAAGAAGCCACACUUUUCCUCCCUAAAACCUGCAGCGACAUGCGUAAAGAUUUCAAUAAAAAUCUGGAAAAUCUGAAGUAUAAGAAUAUUAUACUGAUUCUGAUCUUGAGUGGUCUGAUCCUUGGUUGAUAUUAAAAUCAUUGUGUUCCUGUCAUAUCACAGUUUUUUCCUUAAAUACCAACCAGUAAGCCAUCAAUACAGUAUACCUGCAAAAACCAGAUAAUCUGCAAAUUUUCUCAAGAAAUAUCCCAGAAUCUUGAAGACAUCCAUUGCUGCAAAAAGAAGCUUUAUGACCUACAGAAAAAAUCCUUCUUGAUGUUAUUGUAAGCGUUAUUACUAUGGAUUUUGUUGAAAAGUCUCGUAUAAUUGGUGCUCAUCGAGCAGAACUUUAUUCUGAUAAGCAUAAGAAGAUCUGACAUGAGAGUCAAAGGAUUUGGAAUAGUAGUAGAUUAUGAAAUUCUAGGAUUGCAUCUAAAAACUAUUUGAACGAGAUGGACCUGAGCUGUAUGGAUUAUGGACAUCUGGAGUUUUUACUACAUUAAAAAAUUUGAUUGCUGUAAAAAAUACACAGAAGAUUGACCCAAGAUGUUUAGAUAUGCCAGAGGCUAGCUAGAAAAUCACAGGAAGAAUUUUGAAUAGUCUGAAACCUUUUCCUACAUAUUAAUUCUACAUUAUAGAGACCCACUGUAUUUGGACUUUAAACAAUGUAAUCACCUCCCAGGCUAAUCUCUAUUGAAUCAAAUUUUCCUGUCUUUUGCCAUGUAUAACGUAAACACUAAAAUCGUAAUCCAUUACACAUUGAAUCAUGCAAAAAUUGUAAUUUUGUGAUUAAUGAAACACUGAUUAUUGAUUGUGUAAAAGGAAAAUUACGAAUAUACUAGGGUGUAAUAAUAAUAGCAAAAGAGUCACAAUUAGAAUGUUA